AUGAAAUUCAUCUACGCAACUGGUUUCUUACUUAUGUCACCUCAGAUUUUCAUCAACUAUAGGCUCAAAUCUGUAGCCCAUUUACCAUGGAGGGCUCUUACUUACAAGGCUUUCAACACCUUCACUGAUGAUCUUUUUGCAUUCAUUAUCAAAAUGCCAACUACACAUAGAAUCGCCUGUCUUCGAGACGACGUGAUCUUUUUCAUUUACAUAUACCAAAGAUGGUAA